AUGUUCCAUACUUUUGAGAUCCACCGCAACGAGCAGCGCACAGCACGAGAUGAACGCCGUGGUCGUCGACCGGGCCUACGCGCCUGCAAGGAGUGUCGACGACGCAAGAUCCGCUGCACUGGCACUCAUCCAUGCGAGCCGUGUCUCUAUUACAAGAAGCCGGAGUUGUGUCGAUAUUCGGAUCCCCGGGUGCCUCGCAGAACGCUGGACGACAGCAUCGACACAGCCAAUCAGUACCGGUCGGUGGUGGAACAAUUAUUCCCGUCCGCUCCCGUGCAGUCACUGGUGUCGUUGUCGCGAGAGGAGCUGCUGGCGCUGUUGCGCGACAGCAUCCUGGUGUCAGAUGGACCCACACCGCAGCUUCCUGAGACCCCCGGAACGGACCAGAAUUCUCAUCCCUCGCAAGACGAUUCGCUGGAGAACACGGACGGCAACGAGUCGAACGACGUCUCGGACGAUGUCAAUGCGCUCUCCACCGUCACUCGCGCCCCGUCCACCUAUCUGGGCAUCUCCUCCAUCAACGCCGUGUUCCAGGUGCUCAAAUGGAUCGAUCCUGAGUCGCUGGAGCUGGCCGCGGCGGUCGAGGAGACUCCCUCGCCGGGCCCGGCGGGAGGGAGAUCCCCUUCGCUCACCAAACUGACCAACUCGGUCAUUCCGCAAUCUCAUUCCACUCAAUCAAACAACGAUCUCCAACUCCUUGAUGCCUACUUCGACUACAUCCACCCUUCUAUGCCUCUCGUCGACGAACGAGACUUCCGGCAAACGUAUCUCGCCGGCACUCGGCAGGACGACCAAUGGCUUGCCCUGCUGAACAUGGUUCUUGCCCUGGGUAGCAUCGCCCUCUACCCCGGUGACGACCCCUCGCACAUAGUCUAUUGCAAGCGGGUUCGCUCCUAUCUCUCGCUUGAGUCAUUGGGUACUGCACAUCUCGAGACCGUGCAGACCCUCGGUCUCAUGGCCGGCCAUUACCUGCAUUACAUCAGCCAGCCGAACCUGGCGUAUGUGCUGAUUGGCGCCGCCGUGCGGAUGGCCACGGCGCUGGGGCUGCACAAGGAAAACGCCGACAUCGACGAGAGCGAAAGCCGGCCCUUACGGCCGUCCGUGCCCGUCGAGCUGCGUCGCCGUAUCUGGUGGUCGCUGUAUUGUCUGGACACCUGGGGCAGCAUGACGCUGGGGCGGCCAACAUUGGGCCGUUCGUCGCUGGCAGUGACGACGCGGCCGCCCGUCCAGACCGUGGGAAUCAACUCCUCGUGUACGCUCAUUCUGGUCGAAAACAUCCGCUACUGCCAGAUCGCCACCCGCAUCCAAGAGGCUCUCGCCGCAUCGCCCCUGAUCCCCUACUCACAACUCCAAGACUUCGACAACGAGCUCCUCGACUGGUACGAGCAGCUGCCGGCGCUCCUGAAGUCCUACGAGCCCUGCUCGGACUCGAUCUAUACCGCGCGCACCCGCAUGCAGUGGAGUCUGCACAACCUGCGCAUUCUGCUCUACCGGCCGGUGCUGCUGAGCUUCGCGCUCCGCCGCGUCCCCUACGUAGCCCUGCACACCGAGCAGCGGCUCGCCAUCGACAAGUGCCGCAUGCUCGCCAACGAUGCGAUCCGCGACAUCGCGCAGGCCCGCAUCCACAACCCCACUGCCGCCUGGGGCGUCAUCUGGCAUCUGUUCCAGGCCACGCUCGUCCCGCUACUCAGCCUGAGCGUCGUGCUCACCAACACGGCGCCCAUCACCGACGCAGACCGCGAGCUGGUCCUUUCGUGCCGCGAGCAGGUCGAGAUUACCAUCGGCACGAUCUCGCGCAUCGAGGCCUGGCACCCCACCGCCCGCAAGAGCCUGAGCCUCAUCUCGCGUAUCCUCGCCGCAACCAAAGUCCGCUUCGCCGACCCUCCGCCACCAAUCUACCACCCCCAAACACAACCUCCCAACCAACCUCAAUCCCAAUCCCAACCGCAUUCCCAGGCCAUGAACCCGGCCCUCCAGGUCCCCGUCAUGACCGGCAUGCCCUCCAUCUACACCGAGAACGAGCUGAGUCUGCCCAGCCAGGAGGUCUGGGACUACAUCAGCUGGACGGGCCACCGGGCGUGGCCGGAUACGCUGGCGUCGCAGGUGCCGAAUCCGGAUUUCUGGUCCGCGCCGGGCUGGUGGCAAUGA